AAUUGGUUGUUCACAUAUGUUUGAUACUUUGAUUUCUGUUUGAUUUUUGUAUAUAUGUUUUUUAACUGUUAAUUUUUAAGUUUUUAGCUAUUUUAUACGUUUUACUUAUGUGGGACCGGGUUAACCGGUUCAAUCAGUGACCCACCGAUUGAACCAGUAACCCAAUGACCCAGUAACCUGACAGGUUCGAUCACCGGUUCGGUUCUGACAACUAUGCUUGAGUUGCGUAGCAAUCUGUUUACUCUAACCACUAGGGAACAUAAGAAAAUAACCAAGCACCGAACCACAGGCUGCUUUCACCCAUUAAUCAAAACAUUGGAAUGAGAUUAGUCGCAUAACUGCAGACGAUUUGACAGAAAGAGGAAUCAAAAGAAUGAUGAAGCUAGGGGACGACGAACUCAGCUUAAUCCUGAGCCAUCUCCAAGACCCCCAUGAUAGAACCUCCUUCUCGGAAGUCUGCAAGCGCUUCCUCACAAUACACGCUCUCACACGAACCUCCAUUCGUCUCAUCGAACCAGAUUCCCUCCAUUCUCUUCUCCCGAGGUUCCCCAACCUCACCCACUUCCACUGCUCCGCCCCUCUCUCCGACAAUAACCUCCUUUUCAUCUCAAAAACAUGUCCCAACCUCAAAACUCUCAACCUCUCCUUUCGUCCCUCCUCCCUCCACCGCCGCACCUUCCGCCACUUCUCCCACCGCGCCAUUUCCUCCAUCGCUUCUCGAUGCCGCCUCUUGUCCGCGGUUUCACUCCGUCGGAGAACCGGUGUUGCUGAUGCUGGUGUCGCCGCGAUCUGCGCCGCUUCGAACCACCACCUGAGACACCUAGACCUGGGGCGGUGCUCCCUCGUGGGAGACGGCGCGCUUGAGGCGAUCGGGCGCUUGAAUUCUCUCCAAGUUUUGAACUUGGAGGGUUGUUCGUUGGUUACGGAUCUUGGGUUAGGGUUUUUAGCUUCUGGGCCAUUGACCAAAACUCUCAAAGUUUUGGUUCUUGUGGAGUGCGAUAGAAUCACCGACACUGGGGUUUCCAAUUUGAAAAGUUUUUCCUCUCUGGAGGAGCUGAAUCUUGCGGAGUGUGGGCCCAAGGUGACGGAUGUUGGUUGCGUGGCGGUUUUCGAGGCGGUUACUGGGCUGAAAAAGGUGAAUUUGUCAUCUGAUGCUGCGGUGGUUGCGAUGGCGGAGCACGGGCAGAAGCUGGUGGCGGUGAACUUGACAGGGUGUGAGUUGGUGAGUGGGGUUGGGAUUAAGGCAUUUGAGGGACAUGGAUGUUUGGAGUCUCUGGUGAUCCCUGGUUGCCACUACACAAGUGCCAGUGAUUUAGAAUGUGCGGUUCUUGGAUGCAAAUCUUUGAAGUAUGUGGAGCUUGAUAAGGGGCUUAUGUUUUGGUUGCCAUUGGACACACAGGAGAAAAUUUCUAGGUUCUGUGACUUAGGUUGGAGCUGAAUAUGUCUCUUGGCAUGCCUAAUGCCUUAGAUGAUACAGUGGUUUUAAAUUGUGAUUGUAGUAGUCGCUCUGUGAUGCUCAAAAUUGCGGAAAAUCUGGCAUAAAAGGGCAGCAUUUGUCCCUGCAAUGUUGCGGUAAAACCAUGGGUGUUGAAUGUCCAAUAGUGUGGUCUUUUGCUGCUAGAGAGUUUAGAAAUAGCUCUUGAAAAUGGCUGUCCACAUUAUGAUUUUGUACGACAAUUUAGUGCUUUUUAUGAUUCUAGUUCAAAAUAUGAUUUUGAUUUUGAUCC